GCGCGGCUGUCAUCUUACUCUCAGGCUUCGCUUACUUUUUGGAAUUGUCCUUGCGUCAAAAAUGGCCUCGAAAAGAAGAUUCGACCCUGCCAGCCUCGAAGGAGUUCCAAAGGGCGAGAGUUUCGCCAUCCAAAUCACAGGACUCUUGCACUCCGUACAAACGUCUUGGUUUGAGAGUACGUUCAGUAGCUACGGCCCGAUAUCCGGCGUGGACAGAGAGGAAGGAACGGUGUGCAUCUACUUUAACACUCGUGAAGCAGCUGAGGCUGCUUGCAGAGAGAUGAAUGGAGAGACCAUUGAUGGUAGUGCUUUACGUGUGAGACUCGUCUCGCCGCCAUUGCCUUCUCAUCGUUGUGUUAGUGGUACAGUAACUACUAGCGCUACUAGCACUGUUGAAGUCAAAGGAGAUGUACAUUCAAUCAAGCUAACCAACAUCCCACCCUCCAUAGAUGAGACGAGUCUUCUUGAGAACUGCCAUAACCUUGCAGGUUUCUCUAGCCUGAAACUAGUUAAAGUAAAGGGUGCUUCCACAAACUAUGCCUGGGUGAACAUCAGAAGUAGUGAUGCCAUUCCGGCUCAGAGGGUGUUAAAUGGAAUGGUCCUAGAUGGCCACACAGUUAGGGCAAGCCAGCCUAAACCUUACAGUCAAAAAUGUACAGAGCAAUACAUUAAUGAGGUGGAGGAAGAGGCACAAAUUCGAAGUUCAGACUUGCCAAGAAGGUUUAGCUUCAAGCUGUCAGAUAAUGUGAACACAGGACUUCCCACUACUGUCCCAGCAGUUCAGCCUGGUGCGAUUGCCAUGAAAAACCUUCCCAUGCUGCCUUCUGACUCACAGAGCUUGUUUCAGCCAGUUCGUUGUGGGCUUGACUUGUCCUCUGCCCAUAGAUCAAUGCUGUCCACCCUCCCAGUGACAUCCUCAGGCCACCCUGUGCCUUUAAACACUCUCCAAGUUUACCAGCAGCAAUACCACGUCCCACUCAAUGCAAGAAACACGAGACUAAAAUAA